AUCCACAAUGCGCAGUGCGGGGGGAUCUGCUGCAGGCUGGCCAGCGACAGCACCGGUCAGAGCGUGGUACUGUGCGUCGGACGACCACGUCCACAGCCGGAAAGGUAGCAGCCGUGAAGGUGCCCGCAUCGAAGGUGAAUUGGCCCUGGGCCGGGCGGGGCAGGGAGUUAAGUGCCGCGCGCAGACGUGGUGUGACGCCAAACGAGGAAGCAGGCACGUCGACGCCCUCAGGAUACAGGCGGAAGUGCAGCCGCGUCAAGAGGAGCGCCACAGCAGGGUCAGUGCUGAAGCCGACGAUGACGUUUCCGGCCUGGUCGACGUCGGUGAAGACGGCGUCCUCCGCCGUGUGGUCGGCGGGGUUAACGUGCAGGUCGGUCCGGGCCGCUCGCUCAGGCUUUGCUACUAG